AUGGAGGUACGAUUCGACCUGAUUUCCGUGCGCUUCACGGGUCGGUUGACGUGGAGGGACGAGGUGGUGCUCGGAAGCUGGGAGCGCGAUCGCGGCCUGCUGCCGCCGUCUGCAGACCUCUUCCCAGACAAAUUGUCUGACCUGCAGGGCCGCGAGUUCGUCUUCGGCACCUUCCACUACCCGCCCUAUGUCGUGCUGGACGAUAAGGACCCAACUUUCCAGGACGGCCUCGAGGCCCGAAUGAUAUUGGAGUUCCUCAAGAAGGUGAACGCGACCUGCCGCCUCACGCUGGAGACGGAAGACAAGUGGGGCCAGAUCUGGGACAACGGGUCCGGGAACGGCUUGAUGGGCGCCGUGGUGCGCGAUCUGGUGGACGCGAGCUACUCGUCGCUGGGCUACUGGUACUACGAGCAUAUCUGGCUGGACUACUCGCGCUCCUACUACCGCACCGGCAUCACGUGUCUGGCUCCCAGGCCGCGCCCCCUACCCGGCUGGCAGGUGCCGCUGCUGCCCUUCUCGGCGUACCUGUGGGCCGCCGUCGGGGUCUCCGUGCUCGUUGCCACUGCCGCCCUCUUCAUCGCCAAGACCAGCUCCACCAAGCUGCUCGGUGAGGAAAAUGACACAGUGUUGGCCGGCGGGCGAUACUCCACAGUGGAGGACUGCUUCUUCCGUUCUUUGGGCCUGCUGGUGCUGCAGACGCCGGACGUGGAGCGGCGCCACACACGUGUCGUGGGCCCCACGCGCCACGUGCUGUCCUGGCUGCUGAUCGCCUACCUGCUCGUCACCGCCAGCUACGGCAGCGGACUCUCCUCUGUGCUCACUAUUCCCAGGUACGAACCCCCAAUCAACACGGUGCGGGACCUGCGCGACAGCGGACUGAACUGGGCUGCGACGCACAUAGCGUGGCUGAAUCCUCUGAGAGGCACCGACGAGCAGGUGAUCAUAGACCUGUGCGAGCGGUUCAGAGCACUCAAGGAGGAAGACAUGAAGGCCCGCUCUUCCACCCGCGACCUGGCGCUCGGCAUAGAACGGCUGCCGGCAGGAUACUUUGCUGUUGGCGACUACAUAGAAGAAGAAGCCGCCAGCAAGUGGCUGCGGCCGAUGCAAGAGGAUAUCUACUGGGAGAUGAACAACAUUAUGGUGCGCAAGGGCUGGCCGCACCUCCAGCAUCUGGACGACCUCAUCGACCGGCUAAUCGACUCUGGUCUCAUACUGGCCUGGGAGGGUCAGGUGACGCGACGAUGGCUGGCGCCCCGCGUGCAGCUGGCAGUCCAGACGGCGUUCCGGCUGCCCUCGGCGGGGGCGGAGCCAGUCAAGCUGCGGCUGUCGCACGUGCAGGGCGAGUUCGCGCUGCUCGCCCUGGGCCUCUGCCUCUCGCUGCUCGCCCUCCUCGCCGAACUCGCCAUCCACAGGUUCCUCAGCGGCGGGGGCGCCGCUCUGCCCUUCAACGUCAACUUUCUAGCGAAACCACCUCGGAAGGAAAUGGCGUUCACGAGGGUUUAUGGGCCGCUACUGAGAAAGGCCAAACGGUCUGGUCCAGUAGCUGGAGCUCUGUGA